CAUUUUGCCGCUUUCUAUAUAAUCCCCACUUAUCUAAUAUCCUCGUAAGCUCAUCUUCUGCAUCUUCAACACUAAUCCAAAUCCCAAAUCAAUUUUUACAGAUGGAUGUUUACGAGAGAGGUUUCAUAUCUGGAACUCCACAAAGUGAAGAAGAGAUGGACGUGAGGAAGGGUCCGUGGACUGAAGAAGAGGACUCCGUGCUUAAGGCGUAUGUCAAUAUUCAUGGUGAAGGUCGCUGGAAUUCUGUUGCCCGUUUAUCAGGAUUAAGAAGAACCGGUAAAAGCUGCAGAUUAAGAUGGCUAAACUACUUGCGACCAGAAGUUAGACGAGGAAACAUCAGCCUCGAAGAGCAGCUAUUGAUUCUUGAACUCCAUUCUCGCUGGGGCAACAGGUGGUCAAAAAUUGCACAACAUUUACCUGGAAGGACAGACAAUGAAAUAAAAAACUAUUGGAGAACAAGAGUCCAGAAGCAGGCAAAGCAGCUUAAAUGUGACGUUAACAGCAAACAAUUCAGGGACGCCAUGCGUUACGUUUGGAUUCCCCGUUUAAUUGAACGGAUCCGUGCUUCAUCCAAGUCCCCCUCAGGUCAACCCACCAGCACCAGCAACACCACCUACACGGAUAAUAUCAGCAACAUGACCACCAGUCAAAUCACCUAUGCAAACGCAACUGGGUCGGUCCAGGUUGACCCAAGUCUCCUGCCCGAGUUAUCAGGCACUUCAUCAGAUUCCGUAGACACCCAAGUCUCUUCCGUUUCUGACCUGACAGAUUGUUACAAUCCACAAAGCGCUUCAGACUACCCCAAUAACUUACAAAAAGGAUCGGGUUUAUGCCAAGAAAAUGUAGCGGGCACAUGGGGUAGAUGCGUUGAAUUUCAGGCGACGGAGGAGCAGAGCAAUGGUUGGUUGGGUGGUGGGGACUCGAUGGAGAGUGUGUGGAAUGAAGAGAAUAUUUGGUUCUUACAGCAGCAGCUUUAUGAUUAGGUCUAAAUGAUAUGAAUUCGCUUACGUGACGUAUCAAGUUCUAUAUUUAAACAUUCUCGCGAUUCUGUUAUCCGAUGGAUUAUUAGUAUAUUAAAAACAAAGUUUCGGCUAACACCACAAAUUUUAACAACUCUUGGAAUAUAAAUGAUUUACGCAACAUAGUCAGAAUGAUAGAGAUUUAUAGCAUUAACUAGAGUAUUCUGAACGUACGAUUCUGUUUUUUCUCUGUUCGAGCAUUCAUACUUUAAUUUUUAUUGAAAACAUUAAAUAACACAAGUUCCGGGCAGAAAGUAUCUCAAGAUAUAUGUUCCUAUCAUCUCCAAAAAAAAAAGGUUAAAAGAGGUGAAAUCAGAUUCCCACAAACAGUGAAAUCAAUCAUUUUGGGUCAAUAUUCAGUACUCUGAAAUUUUUUGUACUAAUAUUUAUCCGAUGGCAGGACAAGAAGCUUGGUUUAAUUUUCUAUCUAUGUAGGAGAAAUGUGUCUAACUUCUAGGCAUCCAUGCAGUGAAAUAUGCCAUUUGACUUUAAAUUUUUAAUUUUAACUUAA